AUGAGUAUCAAGAAUGCGACAAACUCGCAGCGUACACGACCACAGAAUAGUUUGCCAAUUACUUCUAGCUAUUCAGACGAGCGAACAUCCCUUCUCCCGCCACGCUUGAGCACUACUACAAUCAGAGAUGAAGUGGAUCUCCAUCAUGUCUCGUCCAAACGCUCUUCACUGGCCGAAUUUGUGAUAUUAUUACGUGGCUCUGUACCCGUAAUAUUGGCAUAUUCUCUUCAAAAUUCCCUGCAGACAGUCUCUGUCUUAAUCGUUGGUCGGCUAAGCCCUGAGGCAUUAGCAACUUCGUCUUUCAGCUAUAUGUUCGCAAUGUCAACUGCAUGGUUAAUUGCAUUUGGAGGAACAACGGCGCUGGAUACUUUGGCAUCCUCAACAUUUACUGGUAGCAAGAAUCCUCACGAUGUUGGGAUUCUUCUUCAAAAGGCAUUUCUUGUUCUGACAGCCCUGUAUAUACCAGUCGCCAUUCUCUGGGCAUGUUCAGCGCCAAUAUUUCGCCUUCUCGGUCAGGAAGAGUAUAUUUGUGUUGAUAGUGCCAAGUUUCUGACGGCCUUGAUUCCCGGUGGUCUCGGCUUCAUCUAUUUUGAAGCCCUGAAAAAAUAUCUUCAAGCACAAGCUAUUAUGCAUCCAGGAACAUAUGUUCUUUUGAUCACCUCACCAGUAUCUGCCGGUCUGAACUACUUUUUCGUUCAUACAUGCAACUUCGGUCUAUUAGGAGCUCCUCUAGCGACGGGAAUUGCUUACUGGCUUUCGUUUUUCCUCCUACUCCUCUAUACAAAAUUCAUAUCUGAUUCCCGCGGUUGGGGUGGCUGGAGUUGGGAAUGUCUUCAUAUAUCGACGUUCGCGCGCCUAGCUGUUCUAGGCACGGUGCAUGUUGGGUCCGAAUGGUGGGCUUUUGAGAUUGUCGCUUUAGCAGCUGGGCGCUUGGGAACAGUAUCCCUGGCAGCGCAAAGCAUUAUUAUGACUACAGAUCAAGUAAUGAACACGAUACCCCUUGGAUUUAGUGUGGCAACUAGUGCGAGGGUGGGGAAUUUACUCGGAGCUCGAAAUGCAGUGGGAGCCGCUCGCGCAGUUCGCGUGUCGGCUUAUCUGAGUAUAUUCGUUGGUACCAUAGUGCUUGCCUUCCUCAUGGCAGUUAAGAACGUUUAUGCCAAAUUGUUCAAUGACGAUGUUGCAGUGAUCAAGUUAACAGCAGAAAUUAUGCCAUGGGUUGCAUUGUUUCAGAUAGCAGAUGGUCUCGCUGGGAGUUGUAGUGGGAGUCUAAGAGGUAUGGGUAAGCAACACAUUGGCGCUAUUGUGAACAUUGUAAUUUACUACUUUGGCGCUUUACCUUUGGGGAUCUGGCUUGCGUUCCACGGAUGGGGUCUGACAGGGCUUUGGAUAGGCCAGUGUAUAGCUCUUUACUUGGUGGGUAUAAUUGAGUGGAUCAUCCUAGCUGCUAGUAACUGGGAGCAACAAGUGGAUGAGGCAUUCGAGCGGAUGGGUUACGGUAAGGCUACAGGCGAAGCAGGCGAGUCAUUGUUGGAUGAAAACUAA